AUGGAGUCCUAUGUCAACAAACUAUGGGGUAAUAUCUCUAUACCAAAGGUCUCACUAAUCAAACAAGGAUUAUUCCUAUUUGACUUUCAAUCAGAAGCUUCUAUGAGAGAAAUUCUUGAAGCUGGCCCCUGGUUUUUUGGGUCCAGACCCCUAAUGCUGAAACCAUGGAGUAUUGAUGCUGAUAUUGAUAAGAUGCAAGACUUUUACUAUCCUAUGUGGGCGCAAUUUCCAAAUUUAAGGUUAAACUUAUGGAGCUCAAUAGGAAUCAGUAAAGUUGCCAGUUUAAUUGGUAAGCCUAUUGCAACCGACAAGCUCACGGCAAAUAGAGAGAGAUUGAGCUAUGCAAGAGUUUUAUUAGAGGUCAAGUUGCCAUUGAAAGAUCCAUUGCCUGAUCAGUUAAACAUUCAAGGGCCUGAUGGAAUAAGCUACACACAAUCAGUCAUAUAUGAAUAUAAACCAAAGUGGUGUUCUUUGUGUAGUAAGAUUGGUCAUGUUACAGAACAGUGUAGAAGAAUUAAGACUAAAAGGAUGUGGAUUCUUGUUAUUAGACAGGCUGAAGCUCCUGUACUUAGCAAAGAACCUACUGUUAUUCCUGGGCUAGAGAGAGAUUCUGUUGUUCAGCAAAUACCUGAAGCAAAUAUCAGCACUGAGCAAAUUGCUGGAAAAAACAAAGAGACUCUGUCUGCUGGAAAACAUGCACAGACUGAAAAACAUGCACAGGCUGAAAGUAGAAUUGCAGGGAAAGGGAGCUUAACAUUUCCAGCAAAUGAUUCAUAUCUCUACUCAGCUCCAAUUGUCAAUGCUUCUGGAUUUUCUAGCGUCAACAGAACUAAUCUAGCAAGGAGAUCUUCCAUAGGCAUUGCUGAAUUCUCAGGAUUUAAUAAAUCCUCCAAGCACAAGAUAGUAAAGCAGUUCAUACAAGAAUAUGAUAUAUCAUUAAUAGGCCUUCUGGAAACUAAACUUCAUGAAAAUAAGCUGAAAAGGAUAGCUAUGCAAAUUACCAAAGAUUGGAAAUGGACUUCUAAUGUGCAUGAAGCUAGGAAUGGAAGAAUUUGGAUUCUAUGGGAUUCUGAUAUUUUCAAUGUUCAAGAUGCUAAUAACAGAAUCUGGUCUAGAUUAGACAGAUGCUUGGUUAAUGAGGAUUGGAUCCAUCAAUAUACAACCAGUCAAGUGGAGUUUCUGCUGCCUAGAUGUUCUGAUCAUUCUCCUGCCUUGUUAACUAUUGAAGAUGAUGCUAUAAAGGGUAAAAGGCCAUUCAAAUUCUUCAACAUGUGGGUAAAACAUCCUGAGUUCAUCCCUACAGUCAAAAAAGUCUGGGAGCAAAACAUUGAAGGUUACAAAAUGUACAGUUUCCACACAAAGCUCAAGAAGUUAAAGCUUGCUCUCAAAGAACUGAACAAGAAGCAUUUUAUGAAUAUAAGUGAACAAGUGCAUAGAGCAAAAGAUGAAUUAGCUGAUACUCAAAGGCUGUUAAAUGGUGAUCCCUUCAGUUCAGAUUUGAUCAAUAGAGAAAAGGAGUGUAUCAAAAAAUAUGACAGAUUACUGGAAUGUGAAUCUUCCUUCUACAAGCAAAAAGCUAAUAUCAGUUGGAGUUUAGAAGGAGAUAAAGGCUCUAAAUUCUUCCACUCUAUCAUGAAAAAGAAAAGGCAUCAUAAUAGAAUUCUUACGCUAUAUAAUGAAAGAGGAGAUAGAAUCACUGAUAAUGAGGGUAUUAUAUCUGAAAUUGUUGGAUACUACAACAAAUUGCUGGGAACCUCAGUCCCUACAUCUGAUCCUGAUCCGAUGGUGAUUGCUAAUGGACCUCUCCUCUCACAUGAUCAGAGACAAGCUCUUAGUACCCCCAAUUACAAGAGAUGA